AUGGCCAAGCCGCGCUUGUUCGGCAGCACUCCCACACCAACUAGUUGGUCGACCACUUCAAACUCAUCAUCUUCGCCAGCGUUGACGACGCUCUCGCCGUACAAGAAGAAGCGAAGACGAAGCGCCGACGACGUAGAAGAAGCUGGUCAGCAGCACCGACAAUACCGGCGACCACCACUGCCCGCGACGAACCAGCUGGCCCGGCCGCAGCAGGCGCCACGUGAUGCCGACCGGCGACGAGGCGGCAGCGGCGACUCGACGCUGGCGCUGGUGGGGCAGACGCUCGAGAUGCUGCGGGCCGAGGUGCGGAGCCUGCGCGACGAGAACCAGCGGCUGCGCGACCAAAUGACCACGAUGAUGGCCCACCAGGGCACCACCAGCCGCCCAAAGCAACAGCAAGGAGAACGAGAAAAACAGCCGCGACCGCAAUCGGCACAGCGCCUGCCGCCGAUGGCGCUGUUCAGAUCAUCGGCGUCGAGCACGAUGCCGGCGGUGGCACUGGUGGAGGCCAUGCACGAACUGCCUUUCCUGCGCGACUACCCUAUGCUCACCGGCUUCGCCGUUCCCGAUUUCAGAUUCCCGGUCAUUGUGGUCGAGUUCGCGUCGGUGUUUGACCAUCGGCCGCCUACGAUCAUCUACGCCAACGCAGCCAUGUGCCGGCUCAGCGAGUACUCCUUGGCUCAAUUGAUAGGAGCGCCGGUCACAGCACUGAUUGUCCUGCAAGAAACCCACCGCAGGGUCUUGGGGCCGUACAUCACCCGACAGGAGCCAGGCUCGCUUGGCACGGUGUUCCACUUCCACCACCUGAUACGCAGCAAGAGCGGCCGGCUGUGGCGUGCCUUGGCUGAUGACACUCAGUUCUUCUUCGACGAGCACGGAUCUGCCAAGCAUACGGUGAUCAGCGUGGCCAAGUGGGAAGCCGGACACCUGGGCGAUGGCGAGGAGCUCGGCCACUGGGCGCCGUUGGCCGAGUCGACCGGGCCAGCACCGCCAUCAUCGUCAUCUUCUUCUUCAUCGGCGUCGCCGUCAUCGUUCCCACAACCGGCCAGCCGUCGACACCAACCCCCGCCGCCGCAGCCGUCGCCGCAGUCAAUGGCCCCAACCACGACCGCGGCAGCGGCCGCGGCGAUGGACCACCACCACCACCACCCGGUCAUAUAUUCGCCGGCGACCGAGGAGAUGCUCAAGACCCUCCUUGACGCUUCGACCCCGCGCCAAUCCUUCUCCUCCUUUUCCUAUUCCUCGACGCAGGCAUCGACAGCCACAUCUACAUCAACUUCUGCAUCGUCCUCGUCAUCAUCAUCAUCAUCAUCGACAUCGGCAUCGUCGACAUCUUCGUUGUCGGCCUCGACAGGAUUGCCGUCUUCGUUCAUUCCGCUUUACCUCCCCGACCCCAGUGCCUCCUGA